UACGUAAUGACCACCUCUUGUCUGGCGGUUCAUGGUUGUUGAAACAAAGCGGUGGGCGGCUUCCAUCUGACUGACUGACCCUCUAAUUUGAUAUGUUAUGCCACAUUUGAAAGUAAGUAUUUCGUGCUUGCGUAAAACUAAGUUUUAGGUUAGUUAGAUUUGUCAUUCUUUUGUUUUUAUGUAGAAUUUAUGUCUGCCCCAAAUGUUAUCGAAUGCUCCUCGAACGGUUAGUCUUAAUUUUCAUAUAUCCCAGAACUGCUUUCAAAAGCUUGUGCCUGGUGGUUUUCUAAACCUAUGGAAUUUUUAGCACAAGAAAGUAGUACGUAUGAUGCUGGCUUUCGCGAAUCCCUAUUGGCUGUCAAAAAAUACAUUAAAGAAGAGGUUUGGAGUGUUUACGUACUACAUUUUCCCAGGGUCCAUUCGAUGGGAUGCUUGGUUUCAGCCAAGGUGCAGCAUUCCUACUUCUGCUACAAAUUAUGAUGGAGCAUAAAUUAAGUGAUUUCACAGAUUACGAUGUGGGACCGAUCAAAUUCACAAUAUUGGUUGCACCUUUUAUCAGUCGUUGUUUGUUUCACCAAGCUAUUUAUGUUCACAAAACAUCGAUACCGAGCUUAGUCAUCUAUGGCGAAACAGAUUCUGUUAUCCCCCGAGAAAUGUCUGAGGAAGCACUGGAUGUAUUCUUAUCUGAACCAAAGGUAUUCGUACAUGACGGUGGUCAUUACAUUCCUACACACGCUGAUGCAAAGAAAAUAUAUACUGAUAUUGUUUCGAAAUUUAUCGAAAAGUAGAUAAAACUUACAGAAUUCAGUUCCUGUCAUCCUGCAUUUGAAAACUCAUUUUCUGUGAAUUGAUUUUUGUAACGCUGUAACAAUUUGUUGUUAGUCUAGAUAAUUGAUUAUAAGUGGCGCAUUUUUCAACAGUUAACAACUCAAAUCAACUUAUCAAAGCUGGCACCUGGCCGGACACCUUUGCAAGUGUUUUUGAUCUGCUUCAGUACCUUAACAAAUUAAGUCGGUGACCUGAGAGUACCGUAGAAGUAGACAGUGGACACUGGAGGUAGGGUUCAGACGUUUAACCAAGGUGCUAAAAUUUGAAUGCUAUAACCACUAGCCGAUCUCGUCAUCGAGUUAAGCAAGUCAGUUAUCUGAGAGACCCAUAGAAGUGCAAGUCGUCAUACUCGACUCCGGAGAAAAAGUAUAAAGCACUUAAUAAAUGAUUAACUUUGUGUCAAAACAUUGUAAAGAUUCUCACAUUUCUGAUUUAGGCGUUUAGAAAACCAAUCAUCUCUUCACGGUCUUUUUAAAGGACUAUGUCAGAAAAUCACGAUGUGAAGAAACAAUGCCAGAUAAGGUAUAGUCAUCUUUAUCAGUAUAUCUGUGACAGUUAACCACAACAAUAUAGCUUGUAUUCAAUCAGCUUAAAACUCUCCACUCUAUGUCAAAAUUAUCCACUACUGAGAUAUCAACAAUACAAUAAUAAGGGGUAGUGUGAUCUGAUUGUUAGAUUAAAGCAUAUACAUUAUCGAACUUUUGAUGUAUGUGGAAAAGUUUGCUCACUAUUUCAUUACUGCUGUAUUAUAUCUCAUUAGCUGUUGAUAGAAUGUUAGCACGAAUCGACUGACUGUAUUUCUAGAACUACAUUUAUUUUAACUCACUACUUCUGAUGAUUCAACCAGAGACUAAUGAAUUUUCGACUCUACGAAGAUAGCUCUUCAUAGUUAUGUUGUUACUUGAGUUACCUGGUUUGCAAUCUAGAGCUGUCAACUAUGUGUUAAUCAUAGUGAAAUUAAUUAUCUCAUUAUUUUCAUGUUUAAACUUCAUACUAGAGUUAAUUCUUUCAUUGUCUAACCAUUUUCAAUCUAUCCCUAAUGUUAUUUAUUGUCGAUAUUUCAAAAAAAAAAAUAAUUACUGUAGUUAAACUAUCAUUUAUCAUAAACUUGUGUAAAAAUUUAUUCUGGGAAUUCAUCGAAA